AUGAUGGAGUUGGAGAACAAACAAUCACAAUCACAAUCACAGUCACAAAGUACAAGAUCACUUGGGUCAAGAACAUGUUGUUGCGGGAAGGUGAAGUUACCUCCAAAGGGUAGCACAAAGUAUAUCAAGUUCUACACAUUGCUCAUCGCUUUGUUGGCGGCACUAUGUUUGUCAGGUGGAUUGUACCUCCUGUUCCAAUAUCUAUUGCCAAGUAUACGUGAAGCGGACCGAUUCGUCUUAACAACUGGCACGGUCAUCCGCCAGCAGAUCAUCCAACUCAACACAUCACAUGACUGCCAGCACUUUGACCACACACUAUGGUGGGACGACCAAGGUGUUGGCACCAAGCAAAUGUUCUUCCACUAUGUCUCCAACGGCAGUGCGACCUCUGGAUACGAUGGUGGCGGUGGCAGCGCGGACAGCGCAGACGACAGUAGCAAUAGCAACUCAAACAUGUUGGCACCUUGUUACUAUGGCAUCACGACGAUCAAUGUCACGCUCAAGUCGUCCUCAUACCAACCCAGCUUGGUGGGCCUGUCAUCGAGUAACUACAACUGGGUGGCUGGCUACACACAUCGAUACGUGGUCAACGAGACGUAUGAGUUCUAUGUUGAUGGACAACUCACAACUCAUGCGCUGUGGUUCCACCCGCGACUUUACUCGCAUGCCACAAUGUACAUGUCUGUGAUGUUUGCGUUGGUAGCUGUCUUGCUAUUCAUGCUGGUGGCCUGUCUGGCCGUCCAUACCCGACGCAAGGUCACACCAAUACCCAACAUCAAUGCUGCGGACAGCGAACAACACUAUACCUUUGGCUUCCCCUUCAUAUUCAAUGCCCAGCCACCUCCGACCCAUUCCUCGACCAACGUUGUAAACAUGUAA